UAGAAAAACCAAGCCACUGGUACAGUAGUAGACCGCAGGACCGGAUAGCAACUAGUGGAAGUGUAAAGCAUCGUGUCGCAUAGUCAGAGCUAUUAUUUGUACCGAUGCAGAACGGAGCUAGAUACUGCGCUACCGGGGGCCCAUCACAGUCUAGUAUGUAGUGCGCGUCAGCCUAGCCUAGUGUGUCGGUGAGACGUUUUUCUUAGAACUGAAACACGACUGAGGGAGUCUUGAUUCGACAGUUAAAGAGUUGGCGUCUAAGACGCGCAGAUUUUCCCGGUAAUCGCGACUUUUUUCUGAGCCACGCGUUCUCCGCGAAAACGACCCCCCAGUUACGGAACACCAUUGCUUCGGUCUAGGUUGUGGUACCGUUCUACUGUCGCUAGGUUUAGUUUCCUUUGCGAACCGGUUUCCUAAGCCCCUUUGGGGCAAACCAUAGUCUGUUCCGGCGGGAAAACUGCAAUCUGAGGCGGUGGAGCCAAGCGAAAGUGUCUCCCCACACCUACCGCAUGUGGGUGCGCGCCGCGAUCAAUAGUAAACAGAUUCCCGAGAAGACGCGUCGCCAACAGCAGCGCCAGCAACAAUAAUAACAACAAUAACAAAAGCUGCAUUAGUGACAGAAAUAGCCGCGAAAAUGGAAACGUGAUAAGAGAGAAAACUGGUUGAGUGUGCUCGGAAAGGCGUGCUUGAGGUCGUCGUAAAAGUAAUUGAGUGAGAGUGGUUCGCACGCACGACGUGAGAAUGGAUUACUCAUAGUGUCUCGAUGUGCUCAAGCCGAGCGUGAGUUCAAAUUCAAAUUCCGCACAUAAUAGUCAACCCCACGCGCCACGCUCGACUCUGCUGCGACUAAAAAUAAAUCAAAUAGCUGCUAACACAUAAGGGCUGCAACGGAACAAAGGAACGCUAAAUUGUGUUAUUAAAUCAUUUUCUCGGGUUCGUUUUCGAGGCGAUAUAUUUGGUCACCCAUAUUCGGUGCAAUUUUAACUAAAAAUAAGUUGAUUUAAUAAAAUUAUCUACUUAAUUUUGUUCUAUUCGCAAAAAAAAAAAAAUACAAGAUUAAAUAAUUUAUUUUUGGUUUAAUUUUAUCUCAUUUUCAAAGUUAUAAUUAUAUCAAUCGGAGUGAUCUUUACGAAAGUGCCGUUUGCUUGAUAUAUUGAAAAAAAAAAGCUAUUAAUUUCCGGUUUCACUAUUUUUAUCGAAAUUUCUCGACAAAAGAAAAAAAUUCAGCUCAUUUUCGAUUGCAACUUUCGGGGUUUUAUCUAGUUUAUUUCUUUGAAUUAGCGCAAUUUUUUUCGCGCCGACAUAGAUUUCCUUAAGUGUGCCAUCGCGAUGGCUGCUCCAGCAGCCUGUACGCGUUUUUCAGACAAUUACGAUAUAAAAGAAGAGCUUGGAAAAGGUGCAUUUUCAAUAGUUAAACGAUGUGUUCAAAAAUCGACUGGAUUAGAGUUUGCGGCAAAAAUAAUAAAUACAAAAAAGCUAACUGCCAGAGAUUUCCAAAAAUUAGAACGUGAAGCCCGAAUAUGCCGGAAGUUACAGCAUCCAAAUAUUGUACGAUUGCACGAUAGUAUACAGGAGGAAAACUAUCAUUAUCUCGUGUUUGAUUUGGUGACAGGUGGUGAACUAUUUGAAGAUAUUGUUGCACGUGAAUUCUAUUCAGAAGCAGAUGCGUCGCAUUGUAUACAACAGAUUUUAGAAUCUGUAAAUCAUUGUCAUCAAAAUGGUGUAGUGCAUCGUGAUUUAAAACCAGAAAAUUUACUAUUAGCAAGCAAAGCGAAAGGUGCUGCUGUGAAAUUAGCUGAUUUUGGUUUAGCAAUUGAAGUACAGGGGGAUCAUCAGGCGUGGUUUGGUUUUGCCGGUACGCCAGGUUAUCUAUCACCAGAAGUUUUAAAAAAGGAACCAUAUGGAAAAUCUGUAGAUAUUUGGGCAUGUGGCGUUAUACUGUAUAUUUUACUAGUUGGCUAUCCACCAUUUUGGGACGAAGAUCAACAUCGACUAUACUCACAAAUUAAAGCAGGUGCAUACGAUUACCCUUCACCCGAAUGGGAUACUGUAACACCAGAGGCUAAGAAUUUAAUUAAUCAAAUGCUAACUGUAAAUCCUUAUAAGCGAAUAACAGCUGCCGAUGCCCUAAAACAUCCGUGGAUUUGCCAAAGGGAACGCGUUGCAUCUGUUGUACAUCGUCAAGAGACUGUUGACUGCCUCAAGAAAUUCAAUGCACGUCGUAAACUUAAGGGUGCCAUUCUUACAACUAUGCUAGCCACAAGAAAUUUUUCAAGUAAAAGUAUGAUUACAAAAAAAGGCGACGGAUCUCAGGUUAAAGAAUCAACGGAUUCAUCAAGCACAACCUUAGAGGAUGAUGAUGUUAAAGAAGAUAAAAAGGGAGGUGUUGAUCGCAGCACAACUGUAAUAGCUAAAGAGCCUGAAGGAUCAUCAUCAUCGAUUGGUUCUUCACCGCCCCUUUCGCCAGCAAAAAACUUCCCGAUUCUGGGAGUAACGACAGGGGGAGGAGGGACCGGAGGAGGGGGAGGCGGCGGAGCGAUAACCAUAGGUCAACAGCACCAACAGAUUCAUCAUCCCCAUCAGCCACAACAAACAAUCCCGACAGUGACCCUGACCAAUUUUACCAAUACAAAUGCCAACAACACCAACGUAAAUCUAUCAUCCAUUGUUGCGAAUGUUUUUAAUCGUCCUUCUGCUACGGCACCAUCAACAUUUCCGACAACUGGAUGUAAUACCAAUCAAACAACAAUAACAUCAACAACAGUCACCAAUGUUGGUAGUAAUCUAGAUAAUCAACACCAGCAAACAAAUGUUGCUAAUGGUAACUAUGGCAAUGCAACUGGUGUUGUUGUUAAUUUUUCUACUUCUACUGCUUCUGCGGCCACUAACCAAGUUGGUGCUGCCCUGUUACAGAGCGUCCAAGACAUAAGGAUUGUUUGCCCAGCGAAGGCUUGCCAUCAGCUAUCCACAAAUUCUCAAUGCUCAGCUCGACGGCAAGAAAUUAUUAAAAUUACGGAGCAGCUUAUCGAAGCCAUUAACAGUGGGGAUUUUGAUGCAUACACCAAAAUCUGUGAUCCGCAUUUAACAGCUUUCGAACCAGAGGCACUGGGCAAUCUAGUCGAAGGUAUUGACUUUCAUAAAUUUUAUUUUGAAAAUGUAGUGCUUGGAAAAAAUUGUAAGGCCAUAAACACCACUAUUUUGAAUCCACACGUACAUUUGCUUGGUGAAGAUGCGGCAUGUAUUGCAUAUGUUAGAUUAACACAAUAUAUUGACAAGCAAGGGCACGCUCAUACGCAUCAAUCUGAAGAAACCAGGGUCUGGCAUAAGCGUGAUAACAAAUGGCAAAAUGUACAUUUCCAUCGAAGUGCAACCGGCAAAAUCAGUGGAGCAACGACUUUUGAUUUUAUAAGUCAUCAUCAAAAGUAGACAAAAUUUUUAAUUCAUUAUUUCAUUAUCUGAAUUUUUAAUAUUAAAUUUAAAAGAAAAUAGUAAAUUAAAUAAGAGAUUAUUACAAUUUCAAAAAAAAAAAAUAACAAGAGCCAUAACGAAACUAUUGCAACUACAACAAAAGCAUGCAUACACCUAGCACCUACUAGCAGCCGUACAGGAAGGAUUUAAACUAAAUUAAGUUUAAAUUUCAAAUAAGAAACUAAAUGAGAAGACAUAUAAGUAGAUAAAGUAAAUGAGAAAAAAAAAAACUAUAAAUACUUAGCGUCUAGCUUAUUUGGCUCGUUUAUUUCACAAAAUUGAAGGAGAGAUGGAAUGGAACUAAACAAAUUUACUAAAUUGAAAAAUUAUGAUGAUGAAAAUAAAUUACAGAAAUAACUCACACACGUACACCAUUUAAAUUUUUGAGUCAACUCAAAUAAUGUAAAAUCAUUAAAACCCAAUGAAGACGAAAUUCGCGCAAGUCAAGUCUCUGAAGUACUAUAUGAUAAAUUUUAUUCAGCCUAGAUAAUUCGGAUCGAAAGGCCAAGUCAGUUGGCUUGAAAUUGAGAGAAUAGUUUACUUAUACAUGCAAGCAAAUUAAAAGAAAACGAAAAAAAAUGUUAGAACCUAAUGGAAUGUUAUAAAAAGGCGGCUAAAUAGGAACAAAAUACGAACAACAGCAAUAUGGAUAGGAGCAAUUGCAGCAAUCGCUACAAUCAAUCGGAAAAUAUAAACAGUUUAAAUCCUACUUGAGAUAUGUCUUGAAUAAAUAUUCAAAUGCGAGAUAAGUAAGAGAAUACAAAGAAAACAUCAGAAUAUUCAAAAUAUAUAGGAGAAAAUAAUUUAAAAUAAAUAAAACAUUUAUUAAAGAUACAUUUCAGUGAAAUCUCAAUGAAAAUAUAUGAAUAUAUAUAAAUAUAUAAAUUUACGAUGAAAAUAAAACAGAAUUAAAUUUUUAAUAUAUUUAUUAUUAAUUUAUAUAACAAAAUAAUUUUUAAAAUUAUACAUAUUAUAUAUAUCAAAAACUUACAACCAAAUGAAAGUAAUAUUAAAUACGAAAAAUUUGCCAUGACAUUAUGAGUAAUAAAAUAACUAAAUGGAUAAACCAAAAUACUAGUUAUUUUGAAAUGAACAAUGAAUUUAAAAAUAAACCAAAACAAGACAAAAACAAAUUUAUAAGAGUAACAAUUUCACUAAAACAAUCUUAUUAAUUAAAUCAAUUUUGAACAUGAAACAAUAACAACAUGAUAUGAAAGUUUACUGCAAUUUAAAUAAGCUUAACUUAAAAACCAAAAAAAAAAAAAUCUCUUUUCAAUUGUUGUCACGUUUUUCUCGAAACUUAUCGACAUCAUUAUUUUCUCCCUUUUAUCCUUAAAGUCAAAACUAAAUAAAAGGAAACACUAAUAAACGAAAAUUUAAAAAAAAAAAAACGAAACAGCAGAAAAGAAGAAGUAAAUAAACGUAUAUACGAAUAGAACAGUCUUUUUUUUUUCAGGAAUAUAACAAAGUGAAAAAUGUAAAUUAAAAGAAAGGAAGGAAGGAAGGAAGAAUGCCUGAAAUAUAUGAUUAUUAAAAAUUCUGAAUCAAUUGAUAUAAAACACUUUAAAUAAGAAACUAAUCAGAAAUCUGUAAUAAAUCCAAUGAACUUAAAAAAUAAUGAAACCUGAAGUCAACAUCACACGCCGAAAUCACACACUUAUUAAAUUUAAAUCUUAGUUAUUAAAAUAUUAGUUGAUAAAAAAAAAAAUGUCUUGAAAUGAAUUCUUUUCAAACUUAAUGGUGAUCAUAUAAUGAUUGAUGAUAACAAACAAAUGAAGAAGUAAAAAAAAAACCCUAUGUAUGUAUUUAUGAAAACAAAGGAUAAUUAAUUACUAAAAUUAAAAAAAAAAAACAAACAAACAAACAAAACAUAUUCAAAUAUGGCAAUAGGGAAAAUACUUAUCGUAUUUAAUUUUCACUAUGAAUUUUCCCCCCCAAAAUAAUGAUCUUAAAAUAAGCUGAAGAAAAAAUCAUGAGUUUUUGUUGCUUUUCAUUUUAUCACGACGGAUACGGAAAAAAUGUAAAUUUGGUUUUCUGUGAAGUAUGAUAAUACAUAAAUGAUAAAAGAAAAUUUAAAAAAAAAAAAAUAAAAGGUUUUCUUAGCAAGCUUAAAGGAAAAUUCACUUUUAUUGCGAACUAGAAAAUUACGAAAUUUUGUAUAAUUGAAUGCUUUACCAUCAUCCCCCUUUAGACUACAUCCAAUGGAUUUCCUUCUGAUUCUCCUUCUCUAUAUGUAUAUGUACUAUAUCUAUACGAAUUAAAUUCUUUCAAGGCUUUCCGUUAAAUCAUCUAAUUAUUUACUUUUUCUGACAUGACUAACGGCAUUUGAACUAUAUCACUUCACUCUACAUAAACAAACAGAAAAUCUCUAGCACAUUCUCUGUAAAUUUUUAUUGAUAUCGUAAAAGUGUAACACUCAAUCCUCAACCCCAGCUUCCUUUUUCAAAUACUCAUUUUCGAUAUUACACUUUCUAUCUCUCCAAAUACAAAUAUCCUGUUUUUUUUUUUUCAUCUUUAAUUUACUUGCUGUUUAUACACACGAAAUUUUCAAAUGAACUUUUCAAAAAUCCAUUGAAAUAAAUUCAGGAAAUAUUAAAAGAGAAAAAAAAAAAAACAUGAAAAAAGAACACAAUAUUCUAUCAAAUAUAACUUAUAUAAUCUACUAAUUGAAAAUGAUGGAAAUAAAUCUCCAGGAGGAGAUGAUGAAGAAUAUUAAAUGAAAACAAAACCAGAAAACCAAAGGAUGCAACAAGAAUAGAAGAAGGAAAA